UUUCUCCCUAGGCAGCGGAUGCAGCAGCGGCUCCAGAGCAAGGGCUCUCACCGCUGUGAUGUGGCAGCGGCAGGUCGGAUCACGUUGCUAGCCCUGUGCGCGUACCCGUUUGAGACAGGAUUACGGAGGAGGGUUUUUAGGUGCCAGUGGUAGUAAACGUGGGCUAUGCGCACACAUCCAGGGUUCAUUAUCAGACUAAGAGAAAGUGUGUGUGUGUUGGGAGAAGGGAGGGGAGGAGGACAGGAGAGGCACGUACCACCAGACGCACAGAGCAAUGGACGUUCACAGGGGAGUGAUUAAUAUUACAUUUCUCUUCAGUGUAACUCCUCUCCCAAUGUCACCCUCUCUCCUGACAACUCCUUUGCAACAGCGAUGCAGCGCGUGACAGUCAUAACCACACUAGAGCACGCUCCUGAUUUGCACCUAUAGACAUCAACUCGCUGUAAUCGGUAGCCUCAAAUAGGGUUCUUUCAAAAGGGCAAUAUUCAGAGUUACAGGCCGUUUCUGAUCACCUGCAUGAGACAGCUUAAACAAAAACCCUCCGGAUUAUAAAUGACUCAUUGAAAUAAACAGGCAACAUAAUCUCUCUGCACCAGAGAAACUUUAAAUUCUUUAAAUGGGACUUGACAGAUCUCAGUGUAGCUCAGGAAUAAAAGGACAUUUUUGAAUGCACCAUUUUAAUCACUUUCCAGACAGCUGAUUUGCAAAUUGCAUGUUGUCAGACUAAGGUCUCCCCCACUGCGAAUUUUCCUCCCAACGCGUUUUGCUUUUUGCACAGGACCACCACGUUGCCUCCGCUUUUGAAUCCAGCAUCCUUUAUGCUACAUGUGAAAUCUCUCCCACCCCUCCGUCCAUAAACUGGCCAGACUGAAGAGCAACCAACCCCCAGACACUAAAUGCACCAUGAUCAGGAGUGCUGCGUUUAUUUCCUUACAGGAGGAAACCUCAGCGGACUGCAUUGCCAUUUGGAAGAUGAAUAGCUGGACAAAUUUGUUUUUCUUUUCCGGUCGCCUGGAUCAGCUGUCCCCGCCUCCUUUCCCUCCCACCCAAACCCCUAGUCUGGAGCUUGUGUGGUACGUUCCGCACGUGAGCUGGGUGCUGGUCUGGCUGGCGACGCGCGUGCCCUGUGGCCAAACACUGAUCAGUGAGUGCAAACUACCAGCACAGUGUGUGACUGUGAGUGUAUGAGUGGGAGAGGGAGAGAGAGAGAAGGGAGGGAGACAAACUGCUUCACACUUUCCCUAGUGCACAAGAAAGACAGAGGCUGCAUGUGCACAGUUUUGCUCAAAGAUCUCCAAAGACUCUCAGCAUCCCACAAAUUCAAUCAAAAGCAACAACAAAAAAUCAGCUGUUGUCAAACAUGGAUGAAGGAAUCCCUCGUUUGCAAGACAGGCAGUUGCUAGAACAUGUGGAUUUUAUAGGACUGGACUAUCCAUCCUUGUAUUUGUGCAAACCCAAAAGAGGCAUGAAAAGAGAUGAGAGUAAGGAAACAUACAAACUGCCACAUAGAUUGAUAGAAAAGAAGAGGCGAGACAGGAUUAAUGAAUGCAUUGCUCAGCUAAAAGAUUUACUGCCUGAGCAUCUGAAAUUGACGACAUUGGGGCAUCUAGAGAAAGCUGUAGUUUUGGAAUUAACUUUGAAACACUUGAAAGCUUUAACAGCCUUAACGGAGCAACAGCAUCAGAAUAUAAUUGCUUUACAGAAUGGGGAGCGGUCUAUGAAGUCCCCCAUUCAGUGCGAUCUGGAUGCUUUCCAUUCGGGAUUUCAAACGUGCGCCAAAGAAGUCUUGCAAUACCUCUCCAGGUUUGAGAGCUGGACUCCCAGAGAGCAGAGAUGUGCCCAGCUCGUAAACCAUCUGCACGCGGUUUCCACUCAGUUCUUACCCAGCCCCCAGCUGUUGACUCCACAGGUCCCCGUGAGCAAAGGAUCCUCCUCCUCCUCCUCCUCCUCCUGUGCACAAGAUCGCACCGGGCAAAAGCUGGAGGCUCAGACUAACUGCGUCCCUGUCAUCCAGCGGACUCACCCGCCCGUGGAGCUCGGCGGGGAGAACGACACCGACACGGAUAGCGGCUAUGGCGGGGAGAGCGAGGGCCGGCCGGAUCGAGAGAAAGGCCAGGCGGCGGGGCUGCCCGGCCUGACGAUCAAACAGGAGCCGGCCGGGGACGAGGCCCCAGCGCCCAAAAGGCUGAAGCUGGAUUGCAGCAGCAGCGCCACCCUCCCUGCUGCCGCCGCCGCCGCCGGGCUGAGCCCGGAUCACCAGGCAGCGGCCGCCCUGCUGCGACCCGACGCCGCCCUGCUCAGCUCCCUCAUGGCCUUCGGCGGGGGCGCGGCUGCUUUCGGCCAGCCAGCCGCCGCCCCCCUUUGCCUGCCCUUCUACUUCAUCUCCCCCUCCGCGGCCGCGGCCUACAUGCAGCCCCUGCUGGACAAGAGCAACCUGGAGAAAUAUCUGUACCCGGCCGCCGCCCCCAUCCCUUUGCUCUACUCCGGAAUACCGGCCCAGGCCGCCGCCGCCUUCCCCUGCCUGGCCUCGGUGCUGGCGCCGGCUGAUAAGGCGAACGCAGCCGCCGCCGCCGCCGCCUCGGCCCUUCUGCCCCUUGACAUGGUCUCCCCUGGGCAGCACCUGCCCCAUCUCUUCGCCGCUGCCUGCGAGACCGGGCCCAGCCUGGACAGUGACCUUCCCUCCCCGGAAGAUCUUCUGCAGCCCGGAAAGGAAAGCCCCUGAACUGGGCUGCAGGACGUAGGAGUCAGCCCACCCGUGCUCCCUGGUAGGGAGGAAGAAGGAUCCCGACCUACUAAAUAAGAACAGCAACAAUCAGAAACAACCCACCCACCCACGUCGUGGUUUUGAAGGGGAAAGUGUAAUAGGUCUGCACGAUGUUUCUGUUGUGGUUGUUUCAUUUCUUUGGUGUUGUCUCCUGCUGCGUUUCCCCCACCCCUCACCCGACUCCGCUGCUGUAAACGAUCCUUUGCAUUUCUGUGUUUCACAGAGAAUCACAAAUUGUCUCCACGUUUACCGAAAGGGAGCAAAUAGAAACAGGCUUCAAAUGAAACGUUUUGUAAACCAGAGGGUCAGAUUCAGUUUCUGACCCAAAGAUGUCAGUGACAUCUGAAAGUGGGUAGGCAAAAAAAGUUGCCCUGGGAGCCACAGACUAUGGUUAUGGCCUCUCUCUAGAGUUGUAUAUUAAUAAUAAUAUAUAGAAGCAAAUGAAGAUCAUACAGUAUCUGACUCAAAGUAGGGUGGAGAUGCUUAACUUUAGAGGCCUCUGCCACUGCUUGAGAAUCUUUAAGGAUUAAAUUUGCUACUCAGUAUUUUUUUAAUGUUUGGCUUUAUAAAUGCAUAAAUAUGUUUUAAAAAAAAAGAAAGAAAAAUAGUAAGGAUACUCUUUUCUCUAAAGUAAACGUUGCACCUUAUUUGGAAAUGUUUUUCUGUAGUAUCUCUAUGUUCCACUUAGUAAUUUGCACUUGUUUAAAGAGGCUUGGAUUGGUGCAUUGUCAGAAUGGGGGAGAGGGGACAGAAAGAGAAGGUGAGUUUUAGGUACCUACGUUCGCACUUUAUUGAGAAAUGGACCAUGAAUGAAUUGAUGUUGAGCCCAGUCCUUCAGUGCUUUGAGUACUCAGAGUUGCUACUGGCUUCAGUCAGAGUUUUGGAUGCGCAAGGAACAGAGGAUCAGGCCCAUGCUAUGAUUUCUUCUUAGCUAAGGUAUAGAGAGGUAUGGCAAGUGCAUUUGUUUCCACCCUGUCCUUAUUUAAUUUCAGUAUUUUCCUGAGUUUUUAUAACCUUGCUUUAUAAAACAAACAUUUCUGCACUGAACUAAAAAAAAAACCAAAAUAAAUAACUGACAACCCUGAACUAAUUUUAUCCAAAUGAAAAACUGGAGGAAAUUAUUAAACAUCUCAGUUUUUAAUUGGAAACGCUUAGAAGAUAUGGGAUAAGGUCCCAUGCAGUCCUUCUGUCUCCAAAUAUCGCGAUUUCCCUUUCUGGAGACUGUACAGAUGCCAGAUAAUCACACAGAUAAAGCUUUAUUAAUAAGGCUUAAAACAAGACCUUGCCGAGAUAUUUUUAGUUUGUUGCCAAGGUAGCGCUGUGAGAAAUCUCACGUGAACGUUAUGUAAGAGGUGAGACACAACUGUCUGACUGAGUGAAUAAGUAUCCUGGGUCUGUUAGUCAGUUUGAUUGCAUUUGCUGCUGCUGUUGCUACUGUUUGCCUCAAACGCUGUGUUUAAACAACGUUACCAAAAAAUCUUACUAGCCUGCAGAAUGGCUGUGUGUAAAUAGUUGUUAAUACAUCCAAUUAAUGAUGUCUGACAUGCUAUUUUUGUAGGGAGAAAAUGUGUUAAUGAUAUUUUGAGUUAAAUAUCUUUUGGGGAGGAUUUGCUGAAAAAAGUUGCACUUUUGUUACAAUGCUUAUGCUUGUUUCAAGCUUAUGCUGUCUUAAAUUAUUUAAAAAAUAAAUACUGUCUGCAAGAAAA